AAAUUUCUAGUUACCAAUUAAUCCUCUUGGAAGCGAUUGUGAUGUUUGUGUUUUCUUUAAUUUUAUUGUAACAAUAAAUAAAAUGAUAACAAUUCUAUGGUAAUUUAUUUCAAUUCCCUGUUAAUAUUGAUCUUCCUUUUUUUGGAGUUUAAUUGGUUAACAAUUUGGAUCAAUUAUCAAUUUGGAAAAGGGAAUAAUGUCAAUUUCUACUGGUGAUGAUGUUGGUGAAUUGUUAAUUCUUGCUGGCCAGGCAUUGACCUCAUCUCUUUCUCCCAGUUCAUCUGUUUCUUCAUCAUCAUCUCCAUCAACAAUUAACAUUACCACCACUUCAAAUACAAUUAGUGGUUCCCGUGUGGGUAAUGUAGUCGUCGGUGUAAAUAACAGUAAUCCAACACUUCGACAGUACAGUAGUUCUCAUCAGCGUCGUUUCCACCGCCGGUUUCCUGCUAUCGAUCCUCAUGAAAAACUCAUUGAUUGGUAUUCUUGUGCUCUGGUAGCUGAUAUUCUUCUGCAAGGUUAUCUUUAUAUUAGUGAAAAUUAUUUCGCAUUCUACUCUAAUAUUCUUGGUUAUAAAACUCAGCUAUUGAUUCCAAUUUGUGAUGUGAUCUCAGUGACCAAGGAAAAAACUGCCAAAAUAUUUCCAAAUGCAGUUGGUAUAUGUACUGAUCAAACUAAGUAUGUUUUUGGAUCUCUAUUAUCUCGAGAAUCAACUUUCCGAUUGAUGCAAGAAGUAUGGAAGUCAACAUUGAUUCAAGUCGUCUCAUUGCCAUACUUUUCUCCAGUUAUUCAAUUGGAUAAGAUAAUUAAACGUAAUGAAAAUGAUAUAUUAAUCGAAAAGCCCGAGGAAGUGGAAGAAGAAGACGAUGAAGACGAUGACGACGAUGAUGAAGAAGAAGAAGAUGAUGAAAACACUGAAGAAACAGAAUCAGCAGUUUCUUUGACAUCAGAACCAUUAAAUCCAACUAAAAAUAUCAAUAACAAUAACUCCAGUAGUAAUAGUGGUGUUAGUAAAAAAAUUAAUACUCAAUCAAGCUCAGGUCUAAUAGUAUCCAAUCCAUGUAUUGAGACACUUGAUCCUGAAACAAUUAAAUUAGUCACUUCGGAAAUCACUUCGAUCCAGAAAAUACUUUCAACUACUCACCACCAACGACCAAAUGUAACAGAUUCCUCUGGAUCAGAUUCUGAUGCCAAUAGAGAUCCAGUUGUCUACCAGGAUACAUGUAAAACUUUAAUUAAUGACUCGACAACAUCAACCAAUUUUAGAUUAUCACUGAAAAAACGUCAAUCAAUUACGUUAACUCAUUAUGGAUCAAAUUGGAUAAUUAAAGCAAAAAAUUGGUUGACCACUACAAUUAGACCUUAUCAACGAAUCCUAUGGAAUCAAAUAACGGAUACAACUCGUUUACUUGUGAUGACAACAACUCUCCUGAUUAUGCUUUUCCUUUCUGCUUUGAUCUUCUUAUAUAGAGUGGAACAAGUUCACAGUGAACUGUUAUCAUUACAACAAAACACAGAAACCAAUGAUUUUAAUCAAGUGCAAUCAAAGCAACUAGAAUUACGCAAGGAAAUCAAAAGACUCGUUAAUUCAUUGGAAGAGAAAACAGCUGAGUUGAGUUUAUUAAAGGAGCGAAUAGAGGAAAUACUUAACUCAUACAGUCAUUUAUCAACAUGUUCAACAUAAUAUGUCAACAAUUUAAAAUGAAUUUGAUAACUGUUCAAUGUUAUUCAAUUCACUGAUCCGGUUGAAACAUUUUUCUCUCUCUAUCUUUUUCUUAUUCUUUCUCAAUAUUCUCUCUACCUCUUUUUACAUUAAUAUCACUCCCUCUCCCUUUCCUUCUCACUCAACGACUCAGGCGAAUUGUAAUCAAUCUCUAUCUCUCUUACUUUCUCCCUCUCUUUCAAAUCUCUACUGACGGUUUUAUUUUACAGAUCUGAGAACAUUAUUUGUCUAUAUUAUUAUUAUUAUUAUUAUUACCAAUCAAUCUUUACUUGAUUGUCAAUCAUCAUGACAAAAAAAAUGAAUGUUUUAACUCUGUCACUUCUGGAAUCAACAAAACUACUCAAAGCCGAAUGAACCAAAGACAAAAACAAAUUAUCGUGAUUGUAACAAACUCUUCCUGAUCAUCAUCAUCAUCAUCAUCCUUCCAGAUAAAUCAUCAUCAUGAAGAUCAAAAUUACUGACCAUAGCAAAUGAACUGUUUAUAUGAGUUCUCAUCAUAAAAUCGGACAUCAAUCAUAUACAAAUCUGUUUCUUUUUUGCAACUAAUCAAAUAGGAAAUCAAAAGAAACAACAACAUCAACAACAAAACGAAAUCAACGUAACAUCCAAUCAAAAAUCCACAAAAUUUUAUUUGUUUAUUUUAUUAGGAAAAUGAUAAUUUAUUAUAAUUGAUAUAAAUAGAUAUCUCAUCAUAGUGAUAA